GCGAUUAAUGGCAUGGUAGUGACGAAUGUAAAAAUGGAGGCAGAUGUAAAAUAGAGUGUACAAUAGACUUCAUUUAAAUCUAUUUAUUGGAUAUUCUGUGUGUUCAGUAAUUUUAGGACCCACUGACAUCACACAUUAUUCCCAUCACCUUUUGGAUGCUUUAAUCUCCUGUAAUUAAUUUAGGUUCCAAGGAACUAAGGGGAUUAAGACCUUCUUCAUCUUUUUUUCAGCUGAUUGCCAUGUGCUUAAAUGGCUACAAUUCAGAAGACUGGCUUGACCAAAGCAAACGCUACCAUUUAAUUCCAUUGACAACUCUAAGUGGAUUUUUUUCUUGUAAAUAGACAAUUACUAAAGCACAUAUAGGCAGUUUACAUCCACACUAAAGAUAACAUUUAGUUGCUGGUGCCAUUUACUCCAGAAGUGUAUAUAUAUAUUUUGUCUUGUAUGGCUGUAUAUUAUUUGCUGAAGAACAUGUCAGUUUACUAAAUAACCAACAUAAUAAGUCAUAAUCUCUUUUUGAUGAUGAAUGGCAGACACCUUACUGUUUAGGCAGAAAUAAGGUUGAGUGGAUAGUUUUAUUUUGUCCUCUACCACACUUUCCUCAGCUGAUCUGUUUUUAGGCUGAUAAAUAAAUCGUUAUUUGUUUCUCAUUUUAUUUGCUGUGGCUCAAAUUGGAUCUGGUUUGUGCAAGAUCCAGAUGUUUAGAAAAUCUAAUUGCUUUCCUAGCAAGCAUGAUACUUGAUUCUCUUUUAAAAAAAAAUACAGACAGGACACUUGAUUUUAUGCGUAAAGGCAGAGCAGCAUUAGCAGCACUGAUAUAGAGCGACAGGUGAAUCAAUAUAGAGAAGAGGGUUAUUACGUGUGCAUUACGCAGAAGGUGUACUAAAUCACGUUGAGGUGAUGAAGCCUCUCUCCGUAACCCUGACACUUUAGUGGAAGGGGCGUGGUGGAGUGUGGUUCUGAAGGACAGCUCCAUUUUAUUUCCACACCAUCAGAGACAACAUAUAAAUAGCUUCUCGGACUUGCUCACAGCUCCUGCCUGCGUCUUCACUUCAAAGUGGUGAAGUCAACGUUUGGUGGACCUCUUUUGAAGUCUGCUUUUUUUUCUUCUUAAAAUGGUUCAGAAGUUGUUAUGAAUUGAGUGAAGAGCACGCAAACUCGCAGCAAGUGUUUAUAGUAGAAAAUGUCAAUUGUAAGCUCAAACCUCAGCAAUGUGAGCCUGAAGCAGCAAGUCCUGGUCGACCAGCCACGAGAUGAGAGAUUAGCUCGGCUUGAGAUCGGUAUGCUCAGUGUGAUCUUCCUGAGCGCCACUGCUCUGAAUCUCGGGCUCUUGCUUGUGCUCUUGAGGAGACGCGGCUCAAUGUCCCGCAUGCGCGUAUUCGUUUUGCACCUGUGCUUGGCCGAUCUCACCGUAGCCUUCUUUCAAGUGUGUCCACAGCUCCUGUGGGACAUUACGGACCGCUUUGUAGGUCCAGACCUGGUGUGCCGACUGGUCAAGUACCUCCAGGUGGUCGGCAUGUUCGCCUCUACUUACAUGAUUGUGGUGAUGACGGUAGAUCGCUACCAAGCCGUGUGUAAGCCCAUGGCCACGCUGCAGAGGAGGAGAGCGCACUGGAACUUCCCGGUGUGCAUCGCUUGGGCAGUGUCGCUCGUGGGCGCCCUGCCGCAGAUUUUCAUUUUCUCCCGCGUUCAGGUGGCACCGGAAGUCUACGACUGCUGGGCACAGUUCGUUCAGCCGUGGGGACUCAAAGCCUACGUGACAUGGACAACUUUGGUCAUAUUCGCGCUGCCUGUGCUGACCGUGAUCGCGUGCCAGGUGUGCAUUUGCCGUGCCGUGCAGAUCAGCCUGCACAUGAAGACGCACCGAGAGAGCGGCACUAACGCCAGCAGUGUGCUCGGGCUUUCCAAAGCUCGCAUCAAGACCGCCAAGAUGACCGUCGUGAUAGUCCUCGUUUACGUGGUUUGCUGGGCGCCUUUCUUCACCGUGCAGCUGUGGUCAGUGUGGGACGACAACGCUCCGACUGAAUCUGCAACUUUCACCAUCCUUAUGCUUCUUGCAAGUCUGAACAGCUGUGCCAACCCCUGCAUCUACCUUAUUUUUUGUGGUCCAGUACCCAAGCAACUGUUGGCAUUCAUCUGUAAGGGUCACAGUGAAAGUAAAGGGUCUGUACCAGAAGAUGCCACUGUAGUCAGUUCUGUGUACCUAAGCUUAAAGAGUUUCUCUUAGAUAAAUGCCCUGUUUGCACACCUAUCUUGGUGGCUAGUAUUUUUCCACUAAAUUACUUCAGGGUACACCUACAACUUUCACUCUUACAGUCCCAUUCCACUCACAUCUUACACAAUCCAGGAUGGACUAUGUACUACUUAAAUAAUAUAAAAUUAGAAUAAGAUUAUGCCUGUUUAUUUGAGCCAUGAAACGUUGAUUUUUCUGAAUCUACUGACAGAACAUAAUUGUCCUGGAAUCAAAUGGUUACCUAAAACGCAAAUAACUCUUUGUAUAUUCAAUGAAUUUGAAAGCAACUCCAUUUAAAAGUCUCUGUAUGCUUCCAAGAGUGCAUUACAGUUGCUGAUACAACCAUCACCUCCCCCACCUCCCUAUUACUCUAUAUAAUACUGGAUAUUAGUUACACAAUAUGACAUAAGCUAUGUAUAUAUCCCAUUGAACAUUUAUGAUCAUAGUCAUAAUGUUUAUAGACGUUUAUGGGCAUAAUUGAUCUUUUCUUGUGAUAAUUAAUGUAAAUUUUUUAUGGCAUUUAGUUUGCUUCAGUUGAUUUUACCUAGACUACUGUGUAUUUGAGAAUUGUACAGAAUUGAAAAUAGCAGCAUAAAAAUGUCAAUAAUUUAAAAUACAAUACAUUCAUAUAGAAACAUUGAUGUUGAAUUUUCUAAAAGUGUUACUAUGGCAAAUGUUGAUUCUAUUGUAUAUUUUGCUUAUAUAUUUCUUUUUAAGUGUUAAUUAAGUGUUUCUGUGUAUCACUAUACA